AUGGAAGGUUGCCAACUCUCUCUGCUCCUGCUGUUGGUCGUCAACGUUGACGUUCUGCAGGGACAAGUGGAGAAAGACUGCGAACUGGAGUACUCAGUGAAUGGAAACAACGCCACUAAGCCGGCGUGCAAGCAAGGCGAGGUUUGUAUCGAGCUGGACGUGAAGAACUUCACCGUUUACGUGGAGGAUCAUAAUGUAAGUGUAAUGGGGCGACUACCCCAGAACAAAAAGCAAAGAUUUUUUGGGACAGUUUGCGGAUCUUUUGGCCAACAUUUUAGAAACUUUUCCGAAAAAAGUAAAAACAGAAAAAUUUCAAGGAUAAAUACUGUAAGGUUGCGCAGCAAGGUAUGGAACGGCUUUUCCGACCGAAAAAAAAUUUUUCUCGGAAUGUUUUAUUUCUUUUGUCAAUUUUGACACUUCGUUUGGACGAAACGCAAAAAUGGGAGGGAAACAUUUUCCUUCUAUUUCGGGUUGCCUUUCUCUUUUCAUUUUCCCAAGACUUGAUUUUUUUGGUUGGUGGCCAGUCUCUGCGCGACUUGUACCAACUAUUUUCAGGACUAUACGCCCCCGUUCGAUUACAUGAGCAUUGUGUCGAGUGAGUUGUGUGUUCCACAGCAGUUUAUGUAUUAAUACGAAUUUAGAAUACGAAGGCGGUCAAUUCUAUACGUAUGAUGGUGUGCAGCGGAAAACGGGCAAACGCAAGUAAGAGUUUGUCCGCGUCUUUGUUGAGAUUCGAUUCUGAAAAUACAAAAGGACAUUUUAGCAAUGAACCACCUCUUAUUUGGUCUUCCCGCCACCAGAUCCCCUCCAGCCAUGUCCCGCAGUUCUUCGCGCAGCUGUUCUCGGAGAGCGUCGAGAUUGUCUCAAUGGGGUAAGUCUGAAAAAACCGGAGCUUAACGACCGCGUAGGCGGGUAGGCCCAGACACGUCAAUCCAAAAUAGAAUAAAAAAUUUCCCGCCCAUUUUUGGUGAUUCGUUCAAAACGAAAUGUCACGAUCCGAUAAAAAGCGUUUUCUUACCUUUCUCCUUCCUUUUCGAAAAAAUAAAUUAUUUCGGGCGAGAAAAAGUGCCGAUAAUUUAGCGACAUUUCGUCUCUCUUUUAAAUCAAUGAAAACGAUACGAAGUUUCGAAACGGUUCAGGAAAUGCGCUGGAUUGACGUGCCGGAUAGCUGUUCAAAUUUUUCCAUGAUUUUUCAGCGAACAAGUCGCAAGACAACGGAAUAACAACGUUUAUCGCAUCCAAACGUUACUGGACUCCCCGUUGACCGUUGACGAAGUGAAACGCGCCUUUGUCUACAAGGAGUACCUGUUUAUUAGUCCGACGAAGGCUGUCGACUUUGGAGUUCUCUACGAGAAGAGGGGACCCUUUGAGGACGAUAUAAACAGACCAGGGCUGCUUUUGGAGCGCAAUGUUGGCCUGAUCGACCCCGCCGACAUCCCCAACGAACACAUCGACGUGAAUUUCCUGACCCUGAUCCUGAAUCAAUGCUUUGUAAGUUUGGGAAAAGUGCAGCUGUUGACCACUUCAGCCUGCCUGUAUUUUCGUAUUUCAGAAGCGUGAUAAGUACUGUUCGUUGGAUAUCAAGACCGAAUCCUUGGACCUGCAGGAUUACCCAGUGGCCUUCACCAACGACGACCUGGUUCUGGAGUCGUUUUGGUUUCAGUAAGUUGAUCUGCUCCUUUUUUUAUGCCCACGUUUAGAAGGCACUGCGAAAUGAGUCCGAUGUACCGUAUUCGGCACAAGAAAACUGCUCCGAAGUAAGUGGGAUUUUGAGUUGGCUAAUUUGGGAUUUUUAGUGUGAUCUUCGAUUUCCCGGAUGUUGAGAGAAUCGUAACGCAUGGAACGAAUCUUUCGUGGGAUUUUUACCAUCCCGGAGGGUAAGUCUUUGAUGUAAAGCGAGGAACUUGCGCUCAAGUCCGUCUCAUGAAAAUUUGGCCUUUAUGCGUUAGUGGUGUUGUUCUGGUGCCUGGUACUGCUAUUUUCACGUCGUACUAUAUAGUAUCAGGUAUUACUAAAUAGCACCAAGUCCUUAAAACGUGUUUUUGAAGAGUACUAAGCAUCAAAACAACACCAUUAACGUCAAAAGCCAUAUUUCAACCUCGUAUUACGUACUGUCAGAUACUACUACAGGGUAGGCCACUCGAAACGGGUAACUUUAUUCUUAAGAUUUCUCCACGGAGACUCCGCCGAUUUUCCCGAAAUUUAGAUUUUUCUGGAGCUGAGACUCGCCAUUUUUAAUUGGGUUUUUUGAUGCUAGCUGGAUAUUGUUUUAGGUAAUUUCUGAAGGUUCAGAUGGAUACCUCCAAAUUUUGCGCCGUCGCAAAAUGGCCGAUUUGCGUCCGACGUCUUUUUUGGAGGUUGCAAAUUGAGGUUUCCGCUACUUUUUGAAAAUGGUAGCGAAUCCAGCAAACAUUCUCGAGCUCGAGAAAAAAAUUCUUAUUCCUUCGUUCUUAUACAGGGUGUUUCAAGAAAUUUGGAACAAAUGAUUUGCUUAUAUCUUUUUGUUCUUUGCAGCUAUCAACGAAUUUCUUUUUGCUUCUAAAAAUUGACAGCGUGCGUUUUUAGAAUCUCAAAAAAAAUUUUUUUCGUCGGCGGAGGGCCCAUUUCUCGGCGGAGAAAAUUAGGGCUUUUUUUAAAAAUCACAGCGUAUUACGUGGCGGAAACGCCGUUGCAACGGCUGAAAUCAAGUUUGCGUUACACCUCCGUCGAUUUUACGGUAUGCAUUUUUUUGUUUUCGAUUUUACGCGCACCGCGGAGGCGCGGCGGAAACUUCAGAUUUUGGCGGACGUUGUUUUGGGCCUUCGGAUGUUGCAAUUCAUGUUGGAAAAGAGGUUGGGGUGAUUUUUUGUUGUCAUCCGAUGCACAGAUGACAAAAAUUUCGUGCUUUUUUUCUCCGGCGGAGGAUUCGGCGGAGGCUUUAUCAAAGGGUCAAAGCAGUCUUACGAGUCCGGGAAAAAUCUCAGCUACAAGAAUCCAACAGAGCAGCAUUGUCUUUCAAAGAUUUUUGAUUUUUUUGGUCCGGCGGAGAUAUCGGCGGAGUUUUGUUUUUACCCUUUGAUAAAGCCUCCGCCGACUCCUCCGCCGGGGAUAAAAAGCACGAAAUUUUUGCCAUAUGUGCAUCGGAUGACAACAAAAAAUCACCCCAACCUCUUUUCCAACAUGAAUUGCAAAAGCCAAAGGACCAAAACAAAGUCCGCCGAAAUCUGAGGUCUCCGCCGCGCAUCCGCGGAAGUGCGUAAAAUCGAAAACGCAAAAAAAGCAUACCGUAAAAUCGAUGGAGGUAUUACGUAAACUUGAUUUCAGCCGGUGCAACGGCGUUUCCGCCACGUAAUACGCUGUGAUUUUUAAAAAAGGCCCUAAUUUUCUCCGCCGAGAAAUGGGCCCUCCGCCGACGAAAAAAAUUUUUUUUGAGAUUCUAAAAACGCACGCUGUCAAUUUUUAGAAGCAAAAAGAAAUUCGUUGAUAGCUGCAAAGAACAAAAAGAUAUAAGCAAAUCAUUUGUUCCAAAUUUCUUGAAACACCCUGUAUAUAGAAACUCGCAAACUUUUUUUUAGUGGUUCGUCAAGAAUUCCAUACACAAGACGUGGUAUCCUGCCGAUUAUCCAGCCGAACGAUCCCUUUUACGACUUUGUGAAACGGUACACCACUCCCGCCCCAACGACCAAACCCCGCCCGCCACCAACCACCACCACUCUGAAGCCUGUCCAGGCCGGUUCCGCCCCAAAUAUCAUUGAAAUCGAGGAGGACUCGGUGGACGAUAUUGUCGGCGUGAUCGAACCCCCAAUCUCGAAGAAUGUACCGGCGAUCUCGCGUCUUCCUUUAAUCUAUUACAUUCUGGGUUAUAUCACUGUCCAGUUGAAAACUCACAAUAUGUAUAUGUAA